GAUUAACACCAUUUUUCUUUGAUUACUCUUUUUCCAGGUGAUUCAUGGCAGGGGACGUGGAAGGAUUCUGUUCCUCCAUCCAUGACACCAGUGUCUCUGCUGGGUUCAGAGCACUGUAUGAGGAGGGAUUGCUUCUUGAUGUCACUCUGGUGAUUGAAGAUCAUCAGUUCCAAGCCCAUAAAGCACUCUUGGCCACCCAGAGUGAUUACUUCAGAAUUAUGUUUACUGCAGACAUGAGGGAACGAGAUCAGGACAAAAUUCACUUGAAAGGUCUAACAGCUACUGGUUUUAGCCAUGUUCUUCAGUUUAUGUACUAUGGAACUAUAGAACUGAGUAUGAAUACUGUUCAUGAGAUUCUUCAGGCUGCCAUGUAUGUUCAACUUAUAGAAGUGGUGAAGUUCUGCUGUUCUUUCCUAUUAGCAAAAAUCUGCCUAGAAAAUUGUGCAGAAAUUAUGAGACUCUUAGAUGAUUUCGGUGUAAACAUCGAGGGAGUCAGGGAGAAGCUGGACACCUUUCUGCUAGACAACUUUGUGCCACUUAUGUCCAGGCCUGAUUUCCUGUCCUAUCUAAGCUUUGAGAAACUCAUGUCUUAUUUGGAUAAUGAUCAUCUGAGCAGGUUCCCAGAGAUAGAGCUGUACGAGGCUGUGCAGUCUUGGCUGCGGCAUGAUAGAAGACGCUGGAGACAUACAGAUACCAUCAUUCAGAACAUCAGGUUUUGUUUGAUGACCCCAUCCAGUGUUUUUGAAAAGGUUGGUGCAUUUGAAAGCAAUAGACAGGCAGUAUGUGUGCAUAGAUAAGAUUUCCAGACUUGGUCAGGAGUCGAAAAAUGAAAGAGUAGUUUAGAAGAAUAGUUUAUAUGUAAAAAGUCUAAUUUUAUUGUAGCUUGUGCUUUUAGGUUUUAUUUUAAAAAUGCAUUUUGUGGGUGAAAGAUGAACCAGGUAGGUAGUAGAAUAGUUUCAUUUUUAAAGUACUCUUUUUUAAUGUUUAUUUUUUUGGUGGUACUGUGUUUGAACUCAGGGCCUCAUGUUUGCAGGAGCUCUACCA